CACAAGGCCGACUACGUAAUCAAGGUCAGUAGGUGUGGCGAUGUUUUGUUGGUUCGGAAAUAAAUUUUGGGAUGCUCACACAUUUAUCAUCCAAAUGAAAAACCACAUCGACGUUCUCGUUAUAUUGUUCAGUGCAGUUGGAAUGUGGCUAUCUGAAUUUCCGAAAUGUUCACAGUCAGUUAGGGUUACUAAAGACAGCUCAUCAUUCGGCGCUCUGUUUAGUUCUGAGUCAAAUGUGUAUGAUUUGGCUAACAGCUCGUAUGAUAUAGAAUACGCGCCCUCUACUACUGUAUCAGGUGUGCUUCUGUAUGCCAAUUGGGAUGCUGAUUCAAAUAGUGUUAGAUCAAAUUUCGAAGCUGUUCAGAACAUGAUUCCUUAUAAUAUCUUUGCAGUUAAUUGCGGUUUAUCAUCCUCCUUAUGUGGACAGACACAUAGAGUGAGACAUUUCCCUCUACUAAAUGUUCGCACUUCAACAACCACGAUCCAAUACUCAGGACCAUAUACAAUCAGUCAUUUACUCAAGCUGUUUCAGUUUAUCGGCUUCCCGUUGAAAACCAUCCGUAAUUUGGAUGAUCUGCACCUUCUCAUACUAAGUCAUAAAGUAUAUACUCUUUGAUAAUGUUUUAAAUUUUGAGGUGAUUGCUCUAGGAUCUUUUGAUUUCCAGCGCACACAAGAUGUGUCUCAUUUCGAUCACUUUUAUCAAGUGUCAGUUUCGACAAAAUAUAAAGAAGUUCCACAACAGAUGAACAAAAAUAUUAUGUUUUCUGUAACCUCUCCACAUUUUUAUCACCUUAAUUUUGGUGAAAUAAAACCACAUCUUACUUUAAUUAUUUCGUGUGGCAACACAUCACAUGUUGAUGUUCAACGUUUUGGUGAGCGUGGCUUGCACAACUUAUCUGAGAAUCUGUUCGAAUCUCGAAACCAUAGUACUACUACUUGUUUUAAUCCAGUGGAUAUAACCCCCUUGAACAAUCGACGCUCUAACUUAUGGAAUAAUAUACUGAGAAAAACGCCCAUACUUUUGUUGAUUGGCCCUCACAUGUCCUUGGCUGAGCCAAUGGACUUACCACUGUACUUGCUAAAAUUGUUAAAACUGUCUUACUUUCCACAUGAUGAGUGUCACACUUUCAUGGUAAAUCCAGCAUUUACAAGUUUCAGUUUGAAUCUCACCAUGAGAGAUUCACUGAAAAUUAUGAAUAGAGGCGCGAUUGUUACAGCACGUAAGCGUUGCAAAUUAGCAGCUUAUUGUCCAAAAUGGUGGGAUUUUGUCAGCUUCCACAUUGGGAUCAGUAACGAAAGCAUUUGUGAGCUGCGAGAACGAUUUUCUGAAUUUAUCACUGGUGAUAAUUCAUCAGGCCCCAUGUCUGGUUUACUUCGGAGUCAUAAACUAAACUCAACUGCAUCGAAAAUUCUUGCGUUGCUUAAAAAUCAAACUGUUGCGGAAGAUGUUAUCAAGUAUGCUGUCAGUUUAUUGUAUGAAAUUUCUCUUUAUGAUAAACAGAAUGAAAUGUACUCGUCAUCAUCAGUACCCAAUGAUUAUCAUUGGAUUGAUAGUGGGGUUAUUGUGGAACAAUUGAAUUUUAUGUGUUGUCAUUGGUAUCAUGUUGAUCGUUUGGUUAAUAUGCAUGAAACAUUUGGUCCUGAAUGUCAGUUAGAUCCGAUACUUGCAGAUACAUCUUAUGAAAGUCUGAAGAAUUCAGUUAUUUACAAUUUAGGUUGUUCAUUAAACAGAACAUUAGAAUUCCAUACAUUGGAUUCACAUUUGCAACCAACAUUAGCUUGGGAAAUUGGUGGAUAUUCAAACGACUCCAGUUGGCUUAAUUCUAACAGAUGGGGCGCUGCAAUUAUUGAUAUGCAGAAUGAAAAUGUUUUUCGUCUUGAGGAAGCUGUAAAUUUUCAGUCUUUAAGUCAAUUCGUCGCAGGUUUUCACAAUUCCACUUUACGACCUUGGUUACGAUAUCCAAAAGCAAGUCAACACACAUCAGUCAACUCUUCAGUGUCUAGUGAUUUACUUAUCCUUGAUGUUAAAAGUUCAGUACACUUAACGAAUUUGAUUGAUCAGUCAUCUGGUUUGGAAAAGUCAAGGAAAAAUUUAAUUUUACUCUAUUACUCGUCAACAUGUAUAUAUUCGUUUGGUGGGAAUAGUGCUCUGUGGCAGUUUGAAGCAACUGCUCGGUUUUUCAAAUCAAACCAAUAUCUUUUGUUUGCUAGAGUGGAUGUGUCGAAAUUAGACCUACCUUGGCAUCUGAGAGUUGAGAAUGUUCCGUGUAUAAUAUUUUUCCCUACCAAUCGGUCGUCCUAUUCAUCUGUUUUUCCCAUGGAAGCAAUAAGUUCAACUGAUCUCUUUCCUCAACUAGUUAGUUUUAUCUAUGAACAAAUUAAUGCAGAACAAAAUGAACAUGAACAAUUAAAACGAUUUCAAAAUAGUUCACAAUUCGCCGCUGCUAUUACAUCACAAUUAAUAAACAAUGUCAAGAAUAAACCACUAAGUGAAUUAAUGCAACUAUUGAACGAAACAUCUAGAACUUGUAAUUUACAACCUCUAUCUUAUUCAAAAACCUUAUGUUUCAGUGGUAUACGCAAGGCUAUAUUCAUAAUUGCACAUGACUUGAAUAAAAAACAGUUAAUUUUGUCUAAAAUAUUGAAUAAUUUAAGUGGAAAAUUGAAUCGUAUCAAUAGCCAAUUAACAGAAGGUUUUUCUUUUCUUUUAAAUUUAUCAUCGCUCAGUGUUCAAAAUAAUCUAUUGUUUAAGUCAAUGCAUGUGUAUUCAAGGUUAUGGAAUGUAAUUAGUAAACAAAAUUCCCAAACUUUAGAUAAAUUAAAGAUUUUCUCAAAUUAUACACAUUUACAACUGUAAAGUUUCUUUUAAUUUUUUUUCGUAUUCUAAGUUAUGAUUUUUAAUUUUUGAAAGAGAAUUCUUCAACGUCUUUUAUAGUCCCACUUUUUUCGACUUUUUGUAUAACAUGACAGAUGUAUGUAUGUUGAUCUAUAUAACUUUAUCCCACUUAUUCAUAAUUUUUUUUUGUACACAAUAUGUACAUUUCUGAUUGUUUUUGUCUUUCGAAUGGAUUUGUAAUGUAUGAUAGAUGAAUAAACCCAAUUGUCAGAUAGUAUAUUUAUUUAUUGUAUUUUGAUUGAAUAUUUUUUUGUAAACAAAUAAAGUUAAUGCAAUUC